UAACGGGUUACAAAUGGCUGAGUAAUCGUUAUCGCCUGGACAUUCUCCAAUUCAACUUGACAAUCAAAGAUGCAAUUCGCUUCAAGUACUUUGAUAUAAUUCGCAUGAUGCAUUCCUGUACGACACCAAGCUUCGAAUGGCCUCUCAUUAAAGGGGUGAAAUAUACAUUAAGGGAUUGGGUGCCUGAUAGUACUAAGUUUCCUCCGGGCAUGCCAGAAGGAAGGUGGAAAAUAGGGAUGCGAACUGUUACGGCCUACGGGAAACACAUCAUGACUACUAACUGGUAUUGCGCCGUGAAAUACAAGCUUAAAAUGGAAUGGAAGUAAUGCGAUAACCAAAUAAUUUGCGUUGAAACUAUUUACGAUACUUUAAACACUAGUAGGAUAGUAAAUUGUGGUAUUGUAAUGUUGGUGAUAGUAAAACACAAAGUUUGUAACGACCCUUUCCUACACCUGUGCACACGCCACUCACAUAACGCUCUCACACGUCCGUACGAGGUCAUAUAGUUUGAUAUUCGUGUGUGUAAAUAAAGUUAGUUUACCCACCA